AGACUUCCAGGCGAUUUCCUCAUCCAAAACUACAUAUAAAGGCCUCAUCCGGUAGGAUUUAGGUAACAAACACAAACUCCACAAACCACCGGGGACAAAUCCAGACAUUUAACCAGCUGCUGGUAAUUGAGAUUUGGUUUGUUAGGCAGCCUGGGAGGAAACGCUGCCUGGAAGUCGUAGCUCGGGACAAAAUACCGGAAAAUCGCCCUAAGCUGAAAACACGACAGCACAUGGACUGAAACACAACAUACUGCCUUUUCAGCUCAUAUAGCUUUAGCUGGUAUUUAACUUUAGAUAUAUGAAUUGAAUUGGUAAAAUAAUACAUACAGCGCAAUAACAAUACUCACAGCUACAGUAGGUGGCAGUGUGAGCUCCUCAGGUUGUUCCGACCCUUCAGUAAACAAGAAGAAGAAGAAGAAAACGUCAACAGUCGUGAAGGGUGACCUGGUGGCUGUGUUUUAGGAUGAUCGGUGUAACUAGUUUGCACUGUGUGAUUGUGAGAUUAAACUGCACCCUCGAUGAUACCAGUAAGAUAUCAACAUGACAUCAGUGAGGAGGAUCUAUCCGUGGCUGCCCCUCCUGCAGCGACCCUGCACACAGAGCUGUCAGAGAGCAGCUCCACCACCCCGCAGCCUCCUCCACACUCCUCACCAUGCAGCUGCACUGACCUCCUUUAAGCCACAGUGGCUCAGAGCUUCGCCCCCCACCCUCCAGUCCAGAGCGUUUGCACUCUCUGCGUGCAGGUUCAAGAGAACAGACUCCUUCAACAGUGGACAGCAGACAGGUUUCACAGAGGACGAGGAGGAGGAGGAGCAGGAUGGAGAUUUCAUUGAGGACAGUGAGGUGGAGGAGCUGUUCCAGGAGCAGGCCCCUGAAGGCAUCGCAGGGGGACAACACAGGGUCUUCAUCGUUCAGCCUGAUGUGAAGUGGGGGAGAAAGAAGCAGCAUCUGACCACUGCUGAGCUGAUGAUGGCCGAGGCCGUGGGGCUCGUCAACACUUUAGACAACUGGAGAGUGGUGGACACAGUCGUCCUCUCCACCAAGACACCAGAGAAGAAGAGGAUAUUUGGCAAAGGCAACUUCCAGUUUCUUACAGAGAAAAUCAGGCAAACAUCAGGAAUCACUGCUGUGUUUGUGAAUGUUGAGCGUCUGUCUCCUUUGUCUGAGAGAGAGCUUGAGGAAGCGUGGGGGGUUAAAGUCUUUGACAGAUACUCAGUGGUCCUUCACAUCUUCCGCUGCAACGCCAGAACUAAAGAGGCCAAGUUACAGAUCUCUCUGGCUGAGAUUCCCUUGUUGAGAUCUCGUUUGAAAAAUGAAAUCUCAAACAUGGAUCAGCAAGGUGGAGGAGCGAGGUACAUCGGAGGUUCAGGUGAGACGCUGUUCGAGGUCCAGCAGAGGCUGCUGAAGGAGCGUGAGAUGAAGAUCUGCUCAGCGCUGGAAAAACUGCGGCGAAAGAGGCACCUGCUGCGAUCUCAGCGAACACACAGAGAGUUCCCCGUCGUCUCUGUGUUGGGAUACACAAACUGUGGAAAAACAACUCUGAUCAAAGCACUGACCGGCGACAGCGGCCUCCAGCCCAGAAACCAGCUGUUCGCCACCCUGGAUGUCACCGUCCACGCCGGCCAGCUGCCCAGCCGCAUGACUGUUCUGUACGUGGACACCAUCGGCUUCCUGUCCCAGCUGCCCCACCAGCUCAUUGACUCCUUCUCUGCCACCAUGGAGGACAUCAAACACUCUGAUCUGUUGAUUCACGUCAGAGACAUCAGUCACCCGGAGACGGUCAAUCAGAAGGUGAACGUACUGAAUAUCCUCAAGAACCUCGAAAUCCCCGAGAGGCUGAUGAGCUCCAUGGUAGAGGUCCACAACAAAACCGACCUUGUUGACAGCUAUCAGUCUGCAGAGCCCAGCGCUCUGCCCAUAUCUGCCCUGGAGGAGCGAGGCCUGGACGAGCUGAAGAAAGCAGUAGAAGAAGAGAUUGUAAAGUCGACUGGAAAACACAUUUUCGAUCUCAAAGUCGACCUCAGCACUCCGCAGUUAAGCUGGCUGUACAAAGAGGCCACCGUUAGGGACGUGCAGGUGAAUGCAGAUGACGGCUCGGCUGUCGUCAAGGUCAUCAUCAGCAACGCUGCGUACGGACGCUACAAGAAACUGUUCACAGGCAGAUAA